UAAGGUGACCUUCACGGGCAGUGUGGCAGCAACCAGCUGCUCGGAUCCGCCUAAACUUGUUUUUGUAUGUUGAAAGGGUUUUGUAAUCCACUUCCUGGGCUAGAGAAAAAAAGAACAAUGGCUACCGAGAGCGCUCCCUCAGAGAUUAUAGAAAGAGAACGGAAGAAGUUACUGAAAGUCCUCCAGCAAGAUCUGGAUUCUGUCUUAGAUUCACUCACCUCUCGGGGGCUAAUUUCUGAGGAUGAGUAUGAGAUGCUGGAGGAUAUCACAGAUCCCCUGAAGAAAAGUCGAAAGUUGUUAAUUUUGGUACAGAAAAAAGGAGAAGUCAGUUGUCAGCAUUUUCUCAAAUGUUUACGUAGUACUUUUCCAGAGUCAGCAACCACUUGGGGCUUAAGGCACGAAUUUUUUAAACAUGAGAGUACAGAACCUCUUCAAUCUGUGGGUAUGAGCAAGAAUCCAGAAGAGCCAUUUUCCCCGGGAGAGAAACAGCCUGAGAAUUCUGAGCUCACAGAAUUCUUUCCCUUCACAGAGAAAGAGCACUUGGAUUUGGAAACCUCUGAGAAGUUCAUGGACAAGAAAACUAGUUAUGGGGAAACAGCUUGGUCCUCGAGGGCAUGUGCGAAGGACCACACACCAACACUCCCAUUGCCACACUCAGGAGAGAACAUUGAAUAUAAAGUUUCUGAAGCUAUUUAUUUACAGGACGGACACAGAUACGAUCAGAUCGAUGAUUCUUUAUACUUAGGAGAUGAGGACUACCUAGAAUCAGUCACGUACUCUGAAGAUGUAGAAAGAGUGGAAGAGGAGGAUCCUAGCGACCCAGAGUACCUGGUCUAUGAUGGCGAAGGGGAGCCUGCGUAUUCAGAAACCACGGAGUUCUCUGGAGAAGAACAGAGUUACGAGGAGUCAGAAACGGGUGUGUCGUUGGAGGAAGAGGAGGAGCAGAGUGUGGAAGAAAGAAAAAAGGUCUUUAAAGACGUCCUGUCGUGUCUGAACAUGGAUAGGAGCAGAAAGCUUUGGCCAGAAGCUGUUAGACAGUUCUCCUUGGACCGAGGGUGUCAGUGGGCGCCCGAGGCUCCGGGAGACUUGGCCUGGAACUUCCUGAUGAAAGUUCAAGCACUGGACGUGACGGCUCGAGACGCGGCCCUUCCGCUGUGCGAGGAGCGCCGAGGGGAGCUGCCUGCAGGCCCGGAGGACGCAGAUGCCGAGUGCGCGCGCGCCAUCCAUCCCCUGGACGCGCUCUGCGCCGCCGUGCUGUGCUCAGACAGCACUUUGCAACGCCAGGUCCUGGCGAACAUGUAUCGAUGCCAGUUCGCCCUUCCUCUGCUGCUGCCAGAUGCGGAGAACAACAAGAGCAUUUUAAUGCUGGCAGCCAUGAGAGACAUAGUGGAGCAGCAGCCAGCGCGGGCUUUAGGAGGGCCUGCAGGGGCAACAGAAAAGUUCCUGACGCUCCUGAAGGUGCCCGUCCUCGCUUUCGUGCGUCUCGGAGACUGUAGCUUCUCCAAGUCCAGGAUCCUCAACGCGCUGCUCAGCCCCGGGCGGCCGGAAUCCCGUGCAGUCUUCCUCCACCGCGAACGGGCCGUGCCGGGGCCUCCCCGCAGGAUCUCCGACGGCCUGGUGGAGAUAGCGUGGUGCUUUCCUGAUCGCGGUCUGUGGGAGAACGCUCACCUUUUCCAAGAGCCCGUUGCCCUGGCCAACCUUCGUGGAGAUCUCGAAAGGUUUUGGAUGCAAUUUGGCUUCUUGAUGGAAAUUUCCUCGGCUGUAUUCUUUUUCACUGACUGCCUAGGUGAAAAGGAAUGGGACCUGCUCAUGUUUUUAGGAGAAGCUGCCAUCAAAAAAUGCUACUUUGUCCUCAGUCCCCAGGCCAGGGAGAGCGAAGAGGCUCAGAUUUUCCAGAGGAUUCUGAAGUUGAAGCCAUCACAGCUACUGUUUUGGGAGGAGGAGGAAGGUGGAGAGGAAGGGAGGAACAUAAAGAGCCUCCAAGCUGCCCUCCAAGAAGUGAUGUCCUCUUCGCUCCAGCGUGUGUCCGUGGAGGACAUGGGCUCCCUGGCCAGGGAGCUGGGGAUCCAGAUAGACCAAGACUUUGAGAACGCCAAAGGAAUUCAAGUUGCUCCUAGUGAAAACUUGGCUGGAAGCACUGAAGAUGAGGGACCACAAAGACACAGUCAGCAAGAAAGCUCAUCCGAAAGCCCAGCUGAGCGGCCGGCGAAAGAGGCAGGAGCUGGAGGGGAGGCCAGCCCGGCUCCUGAGCACGGCCACCUCACCCCAGGGGUCAGGCCUCCCCUGCAGAACUCCUGCCUUCUCCCCAUCAUAGUGGGAGGCCAUGUCAACCGUGUUCCCUUGAGAGCUCCCUGGCUUAUGGGCUCCCACUCUGGGUCAGGGCAGAAGUCUAGGUGGGUCCGUCCUCCACCCUUUCAGAAUUCGUGGGUCCAUAGUCAAGGUAAAAGUUUUAAGGCCCAGUACUUCCAACCCCAGAGAUUUUGUUCAGGUGAAAGGUUUAUGAAAUUUCCGAGACCUCCUUGGGGACAGCACGUGUAUGGACUAUUUGGCAGACCACCAAGACCUUUUAACCCAUGUGUACAGCCCUGGCCUUGCAGACCACAGACAAUGGGAGCUUGUGAAAGGCCUGCCGCAGCGGUCUCCCGGGUACCUCACCUCCAUGCCCCAGGUUUGCGGCCAGCAGGACCAUUUGGGAAGCCACAGCCUAGGCAAGCCCACCCCCGAGGACCACAGCCAACUGAGGCAACUGGAAAGCCUACGAGGACAACAUCCCAUCCUGUGAAUCCUCACUUGCAAGCCUGUGGACCAGCAGGAGUCAUACAAAGACCUGUAAGACCCGCCCUUCAGCAAGGAUUCAAGCUGAAGGCACAAGGCAGGCCUCUAGAUCCAACUGGCCGAAUGGGGUUCCAUCCCAUGUCCAACAACAAAUUUUCCCCCAGCUCUCCAAUCAGUCAGGCCAAGCCACCCCAGCACCAGCACCCCCAGCCCAAACCCUCCCAACCUACGUCCUCUCAACCCAAACCCGCUCAGACAAAACCCACGCAGCACCAGCCCUCCCAACCCACAUCCUCUCCAACCAAACCCACCCAGCACCAGCCCUCCCAACCCAAGUCCUCCCCGUCCAAACCCACUCAACACCAGCCGCGCCAACCCCAGUCCUCCCCGUCCAAACCCACUCAGCACCAGCCGCGCCAACCCCAGUCCUCCCAGUCUAGGCCUCAGCCCAGACCUACUCAACCCAAGACAUCGCAAACCAGCCAUCCACAGGCGAGGGCGUCCUACGCUAGAGCAGGGCCCAAGAGGAGUGGAAAGCAUUAAAAGGCUUCCUCUAGAGACCUGUGGAACUACCUUUAGCCAGGCCAUUCUGAUCAUAAAGCAGCAACUCGAGGGAGAGUGGCAGUGAUCAUAAGAGACUGGUAUCCUUGGUGUGACUCAGAGAAACAGAUGUACACAACCCACUUGGAUAUCAUUGAACUAUCUGUAAAGAUUGUGUCCCUAACAAAGAGGGGAAAUAUGAAAAGAAUGAAGACCAGAAUCAAGCAGUAAAUAAUAAGUUAAUUGAGUCCAACCUCGAGUGUUAGGUAAUAUAUAGCCACCGUCCCAGGAGUGGGGGCUGUGAGGCAGCCCCACUUGGGGAAAAAUAGGGCUGGAGUCUCUAACUGUGAAGUGAUCAUAAACUAGGGCUCAGGUUGUCUCGCUGUUGCCAACGAGAUUGCCUUAGUUGUUGGCUGCUCCAGAGAUGUCUCAGUCAAACUUCUUCGUUGAACAUCAGCUGCUCAGUGGGUGAUCCUGUUUGUCUGGAAUAAUCAGUUUGCUUCUAAUAACAGCCCCAAUUUUCUUAGAUAAUAAAAUUCUCAUUUGACCCUUACAUAUAAAAAUAAUGAACU